AUGUACUACGCCGUAUUUCUCUUCCAACAAGCAGGGUUGAACGGUACCUCUUCGUCCCUCCUUGCCAAUGGGAUCCAAGGUGCCGUUCUGAACAUCUUCACUCUACCUGAUAUGUACUACAUGGAUACAUGGGGUCGACUGAUCCCCAUGAUUAUCGGUGGAGUCGGAAUGGGCAUGUCCAUGAUGUUUAUUGCCGUCAUCAUGAAAACGAAAGGCAACCCCGUCUACACCCCGUUGACUAAAAAGACAAACUUCCAUUUUGCCGAUCAGAAUGCUUCAAACGCUACUAUUGCGUUUGUUUACAUCUAUGUCAUGACGUUUGGUUUGACAUGGGCUUGUGUUGCGUGGGUGUAUCCCCCAGAGCUGUUCAGUAUGAACAUGCGUGGACGAGGAACUGCAUUUUCUUCGGCGACGAAUUGGUUUGUGGUGUGUGUAUUUGUCUUUGCAUUUGCGGCAAAAGGAUUCUCAAAAGCAGGUACUAAUUCGAUGGUUAAGAAUUUCUGGUUCGCGCUUUAUAUCCCAACAGCUAUGGACAAGAUCUCAUGGAUCCUUUACUUGAUCUUCAUGGCCCUCUGCUAUGUCAUGGCGAUAGUUGUCUUUCUCUUCUAUCCGGAAUCUGCCGGCAAAACGCUCGAAGAGAUGGACUUCCUAUUUACCAAAGACCGUACGCCCUGGGUAUUUCUCGACCGCUCUGCAACAAAGAUCGGGCCCAUUUUCGAGCGUGACAUGGCUAGGGGUGAAGCGCUCACGGCAUUGGAUUCGAGGAAAGCCCCGGAUGCGGAACAGGGGGUGCAUGUGGAACAUGUCGAUACUGUUGAGAAUACUACAAAGUAG